UUCGUUGUGUGUAGACACUGUACUGUAGCAGCUGUAUAACAUUAGAAUAUUUUAAAUUUGCUCGAUUUUUACACGAUCGACAAUUAUAUUUGAAUAAAGAAAAACACAUGUAACACAUUUUUAUUUUCGAUUUUAUAAGCGUGGAUGUAUUUUUAGUUCGAUCAGUUUGCCCAACUGAAUCAACAAAACGAUAUUCAAAAGUUUAUAAAAACAUAAUGACGAACUAAUUGAAUUACGUACAUCGUUGUGUUCAAAUUUAAAAUAUUUUUGCCAGUUAGGGAAUGUAGAAACAGAGACAUUUACAAACGCAAAGUGUUCAAAAACGAAUUGUAUGUUUUGUAAUAAGGCACAUAUCAGUUGAUUAAACGCCGAAUAUAAGUUCUAGAUUUGGAAACUUAGUUCAGUAGACUAUAAAGCAAGUGGACAGUGUACUUACCGACGGCGUAAGCAAAACAACAUGUGACGUUGUAAAAUUUCAAUAGACCGUUAAUCGUUAAAACUAAAACAAACACUUGAUUUCUUAUUCAUCAAAAAAUAUACAAAUAAAAAAAAUGGAUUUUUGAAUUGAAGUCUUGAAAAAAAAUUACCCAGCGAAAAUUAAAUUGUGGCAUUGUUUGAAAGCCGACACAUCUAUUAGUACAAUCGAAACUUGGCCAAAAAAGAAAGUACAAGACUUAAUUGAAAUAUUGUUCAAUAUAAACGAAAUUUAAAAAAUGGUGCUUGAGCAUCAAGGUUUACCAAAUUUUCCGAAUGCUGGGCUACAGCCAGCAUUACAAUUGUAUGCUGCAGCGGCAGCUCAUUUGGCACCGCGAAAUCGUGGAGCUGUUGCACCAUGGGCACCAUUUUUACAGUUUGGAAUGCCCGGCGUAUUCGGUAGCCCGUUUUUAUCAAGACCGCGUUUUGCACCCUCGGCCACAGGAUCACCGCCAAAUCAACAAGCCGCGCUGGUCGGUUUAAGCGGUCUCAAUGCGAUUGGCACUGCAAAUGGUCUAAAUUUGGGACAACACAAUCUCAAUGGAGCAAAUCGUACAGCACAAGGUCCACCCAGCGAUUGCUCAAAUGAUGAAGAUGGCGAUGGUGAUGAUGAGAGUAACGCAUCGAAACGUCGAAGAUCACGAACAAACUUCAACUCAUGGCAAUUAGAGGAAUUGGAACGAGCUUUUGCAGCCAGUCAUUAUCCAGACGUGUUUAUGCGUGAAGCUUUGGCCAUGCGUUUGGAUUUGAAGGAAAGUCGUGUUGCGGUUUGGUUUCAAAAUAGACGUGCAAAAUGGAGAAAGAAAGAGCAUACCAAGAAAGGUCCAGGUCGGCCAGCUCACAAUGCACACCCGCAAUCGUGCUCGGGCGAACCAAUUCCACCAAAUGAACUUAAAGCUAAAGAAAAAGCUCGUCGCAAAAAGAAAUUGUCCAAAGCUCUGGAGCGCCAAGCACGAAAAUUACGCGCUAAAGGUAUUACCGUUGACAUCGAAACACUGAAAGCAGAAUACUUGGCUCAGCAUCGAAUUAACAGUGAAUCGGAUUUGGAAGAUGAUGACAUUCAAAUUGAUGUUGUCGGUGAGGUUAGUGAUGACGAUGAGCCAGAAGAUUGUUCAAUGGUGCGACGCGAUAGCACGGAUGGUCGUGAAAGUAGUGGUGACAGUGAUGCACCAAAGAUUAGCAUCCGAUCGAAUCCCUUUAGUAUAGAGUCAUUACUAUACAAUAAUACGUGAGAUUUCACUACCCCACAACAAAACACAUCAACGAAAUGGUUGGAGAUUUUUCGCACGCAAUCUCUCAUACAAACCAAAACCGAUUGCCACUCCAAGCAUAGUACAGAUUAAUGCCAACAACAAGAUGAAGAAAAUGUGUAAAGAACAGGAACAAGAUAUAUCAUUUACUUAGCCAUCGUGAUAUGUAGAGGACCAUUGAUUAUAUUCUUACCGAUUUUGUCGAGAGACCAAGAUAUUUUUUCCCCUUCAUUUGAAAUUAUCACGUUUUAUCUGUUGCAAAGCUAAUUUUACUUUUAUAUUUUUGUUUUAUUUUUCUUCUUUUCAAUGAAAUUGGACUCUUCAAAUCACGUGAGAAACCGCAUUUUAUUAACUUGCUAAAGAAGUUAAGUUUUAAAAUCGAUCCAUUGAAUUAUAGAUUACACUUUUCAGAGAAGGGUAAAUCACAAAUUGUGAUUCACAAUUUAGAAAUGAAUCGUUGCGGUGAAAGAGUAGCUCUUAUUUUUCUCCAAAUAAUACUGCAACAUGAAGUUUUUU